AUGAACAGCAUAAUAUGGGCACAUGGACCCUUGUUUUGGAGAGCAGCACAACAGCUGCACAAAAACCCUCCGCCAUGAUGCUGCGCUGCUUCCCGUAGCUGCACAGCCGACACGACCAAAUGAAUUAACGCCGAAGUGAGACACAGCUGACUUCAGGAGUUGUUAUGCUAUUUAAGUGGUCUAGGGAUGCCCAAAGAGAAAUAUGACCCGCCUGAUUCCAGGCGGAUGUACACUAUCAUGUCCAGUGAGGAGGCAAACAGUGGGAAAAAAUCCAUCUGGGAUGGGCUUGAAAUAAUUGGUAAUGUUCGGAGUCUCAGCUCGGGCCUUUGGUCGCUCACGCACCUCACUGCUCUGCACCUCAGUGACAACUCUCUGUCACGCAUCCCACCUGAAAUUGCCAAGCUGCACAACCUUGUGUUCUUGGACCUGUCGUCCAAUAAGAUCAGGAGCCUGCCAGCAGAGCUUGGCAACAUGGUGUCUCUCAGGGAACUGCUUUUAAAUAACAACCAGUUGCGGGUUCUGCCAUUCGAAUUGGGGAAAUUGUUUCAGUUACAAACACUGGGGUUGAAAGGCAAUCCACUCACUCAAGAAAUUAUGAGCCUCUACCAGGAGCCAGAUGGUACCCGGCGACUGCUGAACUACCUUUUGGACAAUCUUGCUGGUGCUAUCAAGCGCAUCCCAACAGAGCCACCUCCGUCCAGGUCCUGGAUUGUGCUGCAGGAGCCUGAAAGGACAAGACCAACAGCCCUGUUAACUGUAAUGUGCUACAACGUGCUGUGUGAUAAGUAUGCCACACGCCAGCUCUACGGCUACUGCCCAUCCUGGGCCCUUAACUGGAGCUACAGGAAAAAGUCCAUUAUGCAGGAGAUCCUCAGCUGCAAUGCAGAUAUUAUUAGCUUACAGGAAGUGGAGACAGAGCAGUAUUACAACUACUUCCUUGUGGAGCUGAGUAAACAGGGAUACGAUGGAUUCUUCAGCCCAAAAUCCCGGGCCAGAACCAUGUCUGAAUCAGACAGGAAACAUGUGGAUGGAUGUGCAAUAUUCUACAAGACUGAAAAGUUCAGCAUGGUGCAGAAACACACAGUAGAGUUUAACCAGCUGGCUAUGGCCAAUUCAGAGGGUUCAGAAGUGAUGCUGAAUCGGGUCAUGACCAAGGACAACAUUGGGGUGGCUGUGUUGCUGGAGCUAAAGAAUGAGUUAAUGGAGUUGUCAUGUAAGUCUAUCCAUGGUAUGGAGAAACAGCUCCUACUAGUGGCUAAUGCUCACAUGCACUGGGACCCAGAAUAUUCUGACGUGAAGCUGGUGCAGACCAUGAUGUUCCUGUCAGAGGUGAAGAAUAUCAUAGACAAAGCCUCCCGCAGUCUGAAGCUUUCCUCUGUGUCUGGAGAAACCAACAGCAUCCCUUUAGUGCUUUGUGCCGACCUCAACUCACUUCCUGACUCGGGUGUAGUGGAGUACCUGAGCACAGGUGGGGUGGACUGCACACACAAAGACUUCAAGGAGCUGCUCUACAGUGACAGCCUAACCAACUUCAACUGCAAUGGCAAAAACGGCACAUCUAAUGGGAGGAUCACACAUGGUUUCAGGCUGAAGAGUGCCUACGAGAAUGUGCUCAUGCCUUACACCAAUUACACUUUUGACUUCAAGGGUGUCAUUGACUACAUCUUCUACUCCAGACCACAACUGAACGUGCUGGGCGUCCUCGGGCCUUUGGAUACAAACUGGCUCCUGGAGAACAAUAUCAGUGGUUGCCCACACCCUCACAUCCCCUCAGAUCACUUCUCCCUGUUUGCACAACUGGAGUUGGUCCUGCCUUAUCCUCCCCUUCUCAAUGGAGUCCACUUAGCUGGACACAGGUAGUGAGCCCUCCUGGCCACUGGUGGCGCUGCAGAGUCAGUUCGUAUAAAUUUUUCUGAAAACGAUAAAACCUCUAAGCAAUUUAAUAUAUGUAUUGCUUAAUAUAUAUAUAAUCAUUUUUUUCCCUUCUAUCUUUAUUAAUUUUUAGGGUCCAACAUGUUCCUUUUUGUCAGGGAGUUUUUUUCUAUUUGUUAUGCUGUAGAUUUUAUUUUUGUUGAAUCAUUCCCUGCCAUAGGCUGAUGUAUUAUCAUACUUUUUUUUUUUUUUUUUUUUUUUUUUUUUUUUUUUUUUUUUUGUUGGGCAUAGCUUGUGUGCAUGAAGAGUCCAAACUGUAAGAGGAGGGCAACUCACUUGGUCACGCACUCAAAGAAAUGACAGACAGUUUUAAUUCUUUAUAGUCAGACCUUAAUACUAAAAACCAGCCAUUGCUGCAAAUUCUGAUCCAGCAAAUAAGCAUCAAUUUGAACAUGUUCACUCGGACUUGUACAUGAAUUUAAUUUCACACACACUUACAUAACUCAACUUUGGAUGUGUGACCAAAGUGUUUUACACGCCAAACGUAUUACGUAAAAUCAGUCUCCGAGAGCUUUUCCACUUGUGCGGUGCUGAAACUCGCUUUACAUCGGUGCUUCAUCUCCUGAUGUUUUAAUUCUCCCAUCAAUGGUGCAAUAUUCAGAACGUUUCAAACGUUCUAAGCGAGGGCACUGUUACAGAAUGUUUUUAAACGAGCUUCGACAAACAUUAAAAAAAGCACUUAUUUGUCUCCUCCCUCAGGUGGGAGUUGGAAAUGUGCGAGCUUAAUCGUGCUAAAUGUAAACCAAAUUAUUUUAAAUGUCUCGAUUCAGCGGCACUGCUUUUUGCACACUAUUGUUUUAACCCGCUCUAUGGCAGGCUCUCUUUGUUUCUUUGUACGACAGGCUAUGUGAAUAAUUUAAACUGCGCUUGAUCUCACUGUGGUUCUAAACGGGAGGUUUUUAUUAGAAAGGGAGGUUUUAUAUGAGAAGACUAACCAGGGAGUCUUUUAACCAGCGAUUUCUCACUGUAUCGGAUUGAAAAGGAUUUCCCAUACCUUUUCAUCCUCUCAUUACACACGUACACACAUCCUGGAAAGAUCUGUAGCACUGUUCUUAAGGCUAGUAAUGUUCUGACCACCUUCUAUAUUGUAUCCUCCCAGGUCUUUGUAUAAAAUGUAAUCAAAUAUCUGUAAAUUGACAGAUUUAGGCUUGACCUGAUUGUAUAUGAGCCACAUGCAAGAAUACCUUUUUUAAAAAAAUGUUUUCUUUUUGUACUAAGAAUAAAUUAUGAUCCAAAUUCAGAAAAUUUAAGAUUGUAUCGUAAGCUACAUUUUUAUCAAAACUAAUCAAAUCUUACCAGCUUGUAUAAAAGACAAAGAGGUUGUUCCUGGUUCUCGCUGCCAUACUUUUGCACUCAUCGCUCAUUUUGCACUCUUUUUUUACUAUAGUAAUUUAUUUCUUUUGUAAAUUUCAGAAUACGUGCUUUUCUUGUCCAUCCAAUCAUUCAUCUCAAGCUAUUUUCCAGCGCGUCUCGCUGUCGUAUACGUAAAGGGAGGGGAAUCGCGAAGCUCCGUAACAUGCCAUCUGUCUAUAUGAAGUCAAAUCAUUAACACUCCUGCCAUUCCUAUAUAUUGUGGAGAGAAAAAAAGAUGGAAAUUCAGUAGUUUCUUAUUAGAUUGCAUUGUGCAUCUUCAUCUUUAAGCUCGAAGAGUCUUAAGAAAUCAGGUAUUAAGAAUGUUCUCUGCAUUUUAUUCCAAAUUUUUAAACAUUUAUAAUUUUUGCACUACAACACCAAACAGUCCAGACUGUGUACAAUCCGAUAUACUUUAAUUUUUGAUAUUCAUAUUAUAUGGCCAUAAUCUUCCAUGUGUAGUGCCAGUUUGAUGUGUUCUUCUGAAGCCAAUUGUAAAUUGAUCUCCAUAACCUUUAGUUCAGAGCCUUUGGACCAAAUUACAUCUCUGAGGCUUGUAAAUGAUGUCUGGCAGUGGUCUGUUAGUAGUUAGGUGUUUAGCACUUAAUGCAUUUUGGUUGAGUAAACUGAUGUCAGCAUGACCAUCACACGUUCGACAUGUCACAAAUCGGUUUCUAUCAACUAUGCAGCAGUAUCGCUUUUAUGUCUUGCUUUGUUUUUAGCAGUAAGAACCAGAGCAGUCUUUUGUUAUUCGGGGCCUCUUCACUAUUUUCUUCUGCGUUUUCUUUUGUCUUAAGUGACUAUGAAUUGUUAAUGGUAUUCUAGUUGAAAUGAGAUUAGUUUUUGUAAAGUGUGAAUAAAAUGUGUAUUGGAUAUUUCCUUUCUACAAAACAAACAAACUGUGUUUUGUGUGUGUGUAUAUAAUGAAUUCUCCAGCAUUAUUGGUGAUUCUGUUUUUGGGUUAACGAUCCGUUUCACAAUUAUUUGUCCUAUAACAUAUUUGCUUCUCUGACUGAAUGGUAGAAAGAUGUGAAGUUGGUGGCCACAGACUGAUAAUGUUAAAGCGUUCCUUUUGUUAGUAGACUAGUUUGUGAUGUUUCAUGUCGUGAUGGAGAGCUGUUUGAUACCAGGUGUUGGAGAUGGUGGUGUCUUGCUUAAAUUGAGCCGUAUGGUGAAGUAUAUGACUUGAUACCAGUGCUCAGUGAUAAGUGCUCGAAAAAGAAAUAUUGGAAAUGGAAACUAAAUUCAGAGACCUUUGUAUUUAAAGGAGAAGUCCACUUCCAGAACAAUAAUUUACGAAUAAUGUACUCACCCCUUGUCAUCCAAGAUGUUUGUGACUUUCUUUCUUUCUUCAAUUGUAAAUAAAUAGUUUUUUGAGUUAACAUUUCAGGAUUUUUCUUCAUAUAAUGGAAUGCUAUGGUCCCCCGAGUUCGAACUUCCAAAAUGCAGUUUAAAUGCGUCUUCAAACGAUCCCAAAUGCAGUUGUAAACUAAUCCCAGCCGAGGAAGAAGGGUCUUAUACAGCGAAACGAUCAGUUAUUUUCAUUAAACAAAAUAAAAUUUAAAUAAUUUUUAAUCUCAAAUGCUCGUCUUGUCUUUCUCUCCCUGAACUCUGUGUAUUCUGGCUCAAGACAGUUAGGGUAUGUCGAAAAACUCCAAUCGCAUUUUCUCCCUCAACUUUCAAAAUCAUUUCAAAAUCAUCCUACAUUGCUGCAGAAGUACCGACCCAGUCUUGGGUCGUGACCAUGCAAAGAAGGUCAAACACCCUUAACAAAAAAGGCAAAAGGUAAAAUAUAGAACGAAAGUUGAGGGAGAAGAUGAAAUGGGAGUUUUUCGACAUACCCUAACUGUCAUGAACCGGAAAAAGAGUUCAGGCAGAGUAAGACAAGAUGAGCAUUUGACAUUAAAAGUAUAUAAAUUGUAUUAUUUGUAUGGUAAUAACCAAUCGUUUCGCUAGAUAAGACCCUUCUUCCUCAGCUGGGAUCGUUUGCAACCGCAUUUAAACUGCAUUUUGGAAGUUCAAACUCGGGGCACCAUUGAAGUCCACUAUAUGGAGGAAAAUGCUGAAAUGUUUUCCUCCAAAAACAAUUUCUUCACGACUGAAGAAAGAAAUGACAUGAACAUCUUGGAUGACAAGGGGGUACAUUAUCUGUAUUUUUUAUUUUUUAUUUUUUUUCUUCUAGAAGUGAACUUAUCUUUAAACUGUUUCAAAUUCAUCCUUCCCAAACAUUAAAUGAAGAAAUCCUAUUUUUUUUUUUUUUUUUUUUUUGGUACUACACAUUGAACAUUCAUGCUUAAACUAUUGAGAAACUGCAAUUAAUGGAUCAAGUGUUUCUGUCCUUCCAUCUUUUAUUAUUUUUUAUUACCUCUUGCUUUCUUUCUGCUUUACCCUUUAUAUUCUAAACUUUUCCAGCCUUUGUUUUUUAAUACUGAAUACCUGCUGCAAUAAAAUUGAUAGAUUAGCUGGACCUUUUUGAUUUUUACCUCAGAACACUUAUGUUUCGUAGAGGCCAAUGACCUUUUGUAGUAGUUUCUCUGUGACUAACACUGUACAUACUGUCAUGAGCCAUCAUGUAGUACAUGGGAUCAACUCUUGUUUACCAUUCAAGAUAAAGCCAGCAGAGAUAUACAUCCAUAAUUUAAAAAAAGAAAAGAAAAAGGUUUUUGCGAUAUUCAAUGAAUGUUCUAAUAAAAUCCAAAAAAGGCAGCUCUUAAAAAAAACAAAUCUCUGGAAAAGAAUGGUAAACAACUAUUUUCUGUCUGUUCUCUGUAUUCUUAGUUCUAGAGAUCUGUACAUAGAGGUUCCUUUACACUAAUGUAUUUUCCUAUCUAUGGUUGAUAAUAAAUUCUUUCUGCUUCAUGA